ACUUCCCAGAAAGCUCACAUCAAAAGCAGAACGCGGCAUUUUCUUGAACCUCCGCCCUUUGGACUUCUUUAUAUUUCAAAUUAACUACUGGAACCUUAAGCUUGAUUCUCCAAAAGCUACAUCUUCGCGGUCUCCCAUCGAUUGAGAGAUUAACCUUUGCGAGGCGGGGAUGGAGCUGCCGCGUCGAGUUCCGGUAGCCGUGCACGGUGGCGGAAAAGACCUCGCAACGAGCAGUUGGCUGCCUGGAAUUGGCGGCACCGGCGGAGGAGGGUGCCGGGUCGGUGGUUAUAGUCAAGAGACUGAGCGUGAUCUGGCCAGUAUGGUUAGGGAUUUCUUGGAGUGCGGUAGUAGUGGAAAUGAGUCGUGGUACAGCAGCGACAGCGAUUCUGGUCCCUCCGAUCUCGCUUCUAUUGCCGAUGAGAUUUUGUUGCAUAAACAGUCAGUCGAUCAGUACGAGAGGGAUCUUAUAUCAGUGGUUCAUUCCUUAAUUCUCUCCAUUGACGAGACCGACCAUCAGUUCAAUUCAUCUUACUCGUGUAAUGCUAGCUACAUCAGGUUCCUCCUUGUAAUGCUCUUGCAGUCUUUGGGUUAUGAUGCAGCCAUAUGCACGACCAAGUGGCAGGGAGUCGGCAAAAUUCCUGGAGGUGAACACGAGUUCAUUGACGUGAUCAACCACAAUGAUGAUGGCUGUUCUGAACGAUACAUCGUCGAUAUUGACUUCCGAAGCCACUUUGAAAUAGCUAGAGCUGUUCGAUCCUACGAUGUGGUUUUGGGAGCUCUUCCUACUGUCUACGCUGGUUCCAUGUCCAAACUCAGAUUUUUCCUACAAGCAAUGGUGGGAGCUGCAAGAUGUUCCCUCAAGCAGAAUUCAAUGCCUCUCCCUCCAUGGCGGUCGCUUGCAUAUCUGCAAGCCAAAUGGGAGUCUACCUGUCAGAGGGUAAUCGGUCCAUAUAAUAAGCAAAGCACCGAGGAGAUGAGCUCUUGUCCCCAUCAGCAGUGUAGCGGGCUAUUAAGGAGGCUGAAAUCUUGUAUUGAAUCUGAAAUCAGAGCAGGGAUGAAAAACGAAGGAAAGGAGAGACUUCAGCCUGAGAGGUGGAGGAAUUUCUCAUCCAGAGCAUGGUAAAAGGGAUGGAGGUUUCGCUGGAUAACAGCAGGUCAUCUUGCCCGGCAGGUAUUGCAGUUUUGAAGAUAGACGACUAUGUUCCUUCUGACUUGUAAAAAAUGCUUGCUGUAGCUGAAGGCAGUAAAAGUUGCCGAGAUCUUUUUUAGAGUCUUUAGACUGAUGGAAUAAAACAUAGUAGCCAUGAGUAGUAGGUGGUUUCUAUGGAAAAAUUUUGAUCAUCUCACUCGCCCAAGAACCCAAUCUUUGUAUCGUAUUUCUAGCUAGCGCUGUUGUUUUGUUUUUGAUUUUCUUA